ACCGACGCAGACGACGAUUACACGGUGACAGCAGACCAACGCGCAGCGCUAAUGGAGCUGGAGUCGCUUACCUGGAACUACCCAACGCCGCAACAAGCCCGGGAUUGCACCUCAUCUCUCUCCCACGACACCAAUGAUGCUACAGAUGAAUCCGACGACGACGACGAUGAUGAAUCGUACUACGUGGACCUUGUUCCAUAUGACAUGACGGAACGGCUGAAGGAGGUGAACAGAGCUCUAAUUGAGGAUCCGACACCAGCUGAGUGUGAUCGGACUAUUACCAUUCGCUUCAGAGAGGUAAUAGCUGACUACCAUUCCCCGAGGGAUGACUUUCCUUCAGAUUCUGAUGACGGCUACGGGGAUUCUUCAGACAUUUUGUAUGAUGCUGAGGAUGAUGACGGAGGAGAAGGCAUCACCUGCCUUACCUCAGAGAUCAAAGAGGUCCUUGGAGAAAAUUUUAACGUCAUCGAUCAGGAGGCGUCUUUUAUCCAGGAGAAUGAGAGCCUCAAUCUCAUUCCUAAAGGUCAUGUAAAACUACUCGAUGUUCCUAAACUUCAGCUUAAUGACCAGCAGGAUGAUGUCCAUGCUAUCGCAGAUGAGAACCUUCCUGAACUCGUGGAAACUAGCUAUAUCACAGACGAAAAGCAUAUCCUAAUGAAUGCAUCCUGUCAAGAACUCUGUGCCAGAAACAUCAAGAUUCCAGAGAAUGAAGAAGGUCUUCCCAAAGAAUCUUAUGGUACCAAAACAGAAGACAAAAAACAGGCAGAGGAGCAAAUUCAUGUAAUUAAUGAAGACGGUGUGUCUCUUGUAGAAGUAAGUGAGAAAAUUUGUUUAGAAAAUGAACCAGGGAGCCUCGGUGACAUGAAAGCACAAGAAGAAACAACUGAUAUUUCGCAUGAAGGUUUAUUCCCAGCAGAUAAAUGUAGUGAUGUUUUAGACUCCAUUAGCUUUAACCUUCCACCAAAAAGUGAUGUAAACUUUGCUUCUUUUGAUUACAGUGAUGAUUUUGAAGACUUCCAAGAAGAAUUGGAGGAUACAGGAAAUAAAAAAAAUGAGGAGGUAAUACUUCUACCCUCCCAAAACAAAGGGUGUCUACCAAAAAUCAUAUCUGAUCCCCUUUCUGAGCCUGUCCUUACCACACAGACGACAGCCAUUAUGGGAGAGCUCUCGUCCUCACAAAGUACACAAGAGCCAGCUAGUCUUAGAAGCAAACAGAAAUCAGUCCACCACAAACUUCAGAGUCCGUCUAUUGAAAGAAAGACGACAAAAUCUGUUGAAUUGGCCAAACCUAUUUCAAGUGAUAUAGUUCACACAAAGACCAAACAUACAGGUGCCAGCACGCCAGUGAUCAAACCGGCUCUCCUCUCAUCUGACAAACUUAUCAAAAGCAACGAUUCCUGUCGCCAGAGGAACAGAAUAUCGACGUCUGCCUCUCCCGCUUCGUCUUCUUCCUUAUCAUCCGCAUCGUCUUCCGCGUCGUCUUCGUCGUCAUCUUCAGCAUCUCCAUACUCGUUUUCCAAAGAACGAAGCCGAAUCAGAACGUCCAUCAGUGGUCCUGUACGCCCCACAACUCACCGUUCCUCUGAAAAUGAGGGGAAAAAAGCCAACGUCGAAAAUAGCACUAGCGGUGGCAGUCUAACGCGACCACAAACAUCCGGCUCCCACAACAGUCUU